AUGAAGUGUCAUUAUGAAGUUCUGGACGUUCCUCGAGAUGCAGACGAUGCCGAGAUCAAAUCUUCCUACAGAAAGUUAGCCCUGAAAUGGCACCCCGACAAGAAUUUGAACGAUCCAGAAAACGCUAAGGAGCAGUUCCAAAUCGUUCAGCAAGCUUAUGAAGUUCUAAGUGACCGACAAGAGAGAGCUUGGUAUGACAACCACAGGGAGCAGAUUUUGCGUGGUUCCAGUUCGAAUUUCCAAGACAAGAGUCUGGACGUAUUCCAGUAUUUCACUACAACAUGUUUCAAAGGGUAUGGAGAUGAUGAGAAUGGUUUCUAUGCUGUUUAUCGCAAUGUUUUUGAGAAAAUUGCCAAAGAAGAUAUGGAAUUUAUGGAAGAUAAAGAAGAGUUCUGUGAUAUUCCUAGCUUUGGCAACUCCCAAUCUGACUAUGAAAAUGUUUCAGAGUUCUAUGCAUAUUGGCUCAACUAUUCUACUAAGAAAAGCUAUGUUUGGCUAGAUCCCCAUGACAUUAAAGACAUAAGGGACAGGAGGUAUCUUAAGUUAGUUGAAAAGGAAAAUAAAAAGGUCCGACAGAAUGCCAAGAAGGAAAGAAAUGAGGAACUGAGAAGUCUUGUAGCUUUUGUGAGAAAACGUGACAAACGUGUACAAGCUCAGAAAAAGGUACAGGAACAAAAAUUGUUGGAGGAUAAGAAGAAAAGAGAAAUGCUGAGUAAACAGAAAAGAUUGGAGAGGCAAGAAGAAUUGAAUAAAUCUAAGGACCAACCUGAGUGGACAAAGUUUGAUAAUGUGAAGUCAGAAUUGAAAGAAAUUGAGAGGACCCUGGCAGAACAAUUUGGUGAGGAAUUUUCUAAUUCUGAAAACGAAUCUGAUGAUGAAUAUCUUAAUAAUUUAUAUUGUGUGGCUUGCAACAAAAUUUUCAAAACUCCUAAGGCCUUUGAAAAUCAUGAAAGCAGUAAAAAACACAAAGAAAAUGUGUUUUCUUUGAAAGAAACCAUGUUGGAAGAAGAAAUUGAUAUAUCCUCAAAUAUUGAGAAUAAUGAUGAAGUAGAAACCAAUGAUUCCCUAGUUGAAAUUGUGGAGGAAGAAGUUUUGACAGAUGUCCCUUCAGAAUCUGAGUCUAUAGAUGAUACUCAGAAGAGUAGAAAAAAGAAGAAAAAACCUAGGAACAUAAUAAACUUGGAUGAAGUGGAAAUUCAAGAUUUAGGUAGCUUGGAAUUAGUAGAAAAUUCUGAUGAUAACUUUGGUACCAACAAAAAACCUAAGAAAAAAAAUAGAAAAAAUGCUACUAAUACUAUUAAUAAAGUUAAAGAUGAUGCCCAGGAAAACCAAGAGAAGUCCACUGAAGAAACUCCUGAAAAAGUCAGUGAAAAGAAAGUUGCAAUGAGGAAGAAAAAAGAAAAGAAAGGCAAAAAUGAAAUAACAGCUAGUGAGAUACAAGAAAUUGAUACUGAUCACAAUUGUGUCACCUGUAAAUCUAAUUUUACUUCCAAAAAUAAACUGUUUGACCACUUGAAAAAAACUGGACAUGGAGUCUACAUACCUCCUAAUGUAAUAACCAAGAGCAAAAAGAAGAAUAUAAAAGAAAAAUGA